AGAGAGAGAGAGAGAGAGAGAGAGAGAGAGAGAGAGAGGGUGAAGGAGUGGGACCAUAUAAAGAGCAACAGAACACAAGCCACGCUUUAUCCUGCUUGACUGUCCCGCUCACUCAGUCCUCACAGGAAACUCCCAACCAACUUCCACCCCCCCCCCUCCAGCCUCUGCCCUCACUCUCACUCACUCGCCCGUUACUCACCAACACUCCUUCGCUCUCCCACACAGUCCCACCGGCUGCUCGGACUCCAACCAGAGAGGAUGGCUGCGUCCACGUGGAGAAUGAAUCGGCUCUGGAGGAGGAUGGCGGGAGUCCUGGUGCUCUGCGCUCUGCUGCUCAGCAAUGAGGUGGUAUGUCAAGAUGACUCAACAGCAGCAGCCGAGGACAUGUCUACAGCCAUUCCCACCGCCGGCGCCGACGCUGUGACCGAUGCUGCUGCUCCAGAUGCUGCCGCUCCAGAUGCUGCCGCUCCAGAUGCCUCCGCUGCCCCGACUGCGCCUGACUCUGCGACUGCAGGAGGUCAAGACUCUGCAGCCACUGUGGUUUCUGGAGGUACCCCAUUCCCAGCAACUGUUAGAGCCACUGAAAUGAUUCCAGACAAGUUGGACGGGGACGCCUCGGGGACGACCGUGUCCCCCUCCGACAGCAACAACGGGAUAGACGCAGCCGCUGGUGGCUCUAGUGGCGUUAAGUUGGUGAUGCCUGAUGUGAAGUGUGUUGGAAAAGAGGACAUCCAAGAGAGCAACGCCGUCAGGGCCGUGGUGGUGACGGAAAAUUGCGAGGUAUCCAAAGGCAUUAUUCAGGAUAACCCUGCAGGCUGGUGCAAGGCCGAACCCUGCAAUCUGAAUAUCUUCCAAGACGGCAGCAACAUGCUGGUGACCAGUGAUGAUGCUAAGGCGGGAACUUUGGCUGCAGCUCUCCAGAGUGCCGGUCUGAAAGAAAAGCUGGGCGUGACGAGCACUGAGACCCCUUCAUCGUCCGGCUCCUCCGUGUUCGUCGGGGUUCUGGUCACCGGUCUGCUCGCCGCCAUCGCCAUCACUGUCGGCUUCUUGAAGUGCCAACGCAGGGCCGACCCCAAGGGAGUGAGGCUGGCGGAGGAGGCCUACCCCGUGGACCAGGAGAACCAGGGGAACACCCUGGUGUCUGUGGCCCCCCUCAUCCCCCCUCCAGAAACCCAGGAGAAACCCAGCGAGAACGGAGAGGCCCCCGAGGCCCCCAAGACCGAGCCCGCUCCUCCUCCCACCAACGGCCACUCCACCGCCAAGACGGCAGACACCGAGUUGUGA